AUGAAUCCUAUCACUACACGUAGUUAUAUCAUUACAUUCUGUAGUUGGCCAAUGGAUAAAAAAUCAGGUAUCCACGUUAGAACUGAGCGAUUGCACAGCGAAGACACAUGGUCAUACAAGAUCCAGUCUUUCCUAUGGGAUACCAUCGAUAGGCCAGUGCUAGAAAGGAAGUUCCUCGUCAAGUUGGAUACUUUCCUGCUAAGCUCUGCCUGUCUUGGUUACUUCAUCAAGACGCUCAACCAGAGUAAUAUUGGGACUGCAUACGUCAACGGUAUGAAAGAGUACUACGGAAUGGAGGGUAACGACUAUAACAAAUUGAUCUCUCUAUGGACAGUUGGGUAUGUCAUUGGACAGAUCCCUUCACAGUUGAUCUUACAUCGAGUGAACGCCAGCUGUUAUUUUUGCAUUUUAGAGCUGACAUGGGCUUUGUUAACACUGUGCUGUGUCUUUGUUCGGGACAUCAAGUCUCUAUACCUCUUGAGAUUUCUCAUUGGCGUAACUGAGAGUGGGUAUUUCCCAGGAAUGGAGUAUCUGCUGGGGUGUUGGUAUUCCAAAGGUGAACUGACCAAAAGAUCAACCCUUUUCAGCUGUUCAGGUUCACUUGCGGGCCUUAUCAGUGGUCCCUUACAGCAGUUGAUCCUGAAGAUGGACUGGUCCAGUACUUCUCUUGUUCCUUUCCAAUGGAUGUUUUGCAUCGACUGUUUCCUGUCAAUACCAGUGGCACUGUAUACAUAUUUCAUGAUCCCAGGUACACCUUCAACCACAGAGGUGUUCUACUUCAACAGAUUGGAUAAACUUGUUGGCUUGGAAAGAAGACGACUCAGUGGUGCACAAUUGGAGAAAGAGGAACUUUCAUGGCCCAAAUUGAAGACAUUCUUCAAAGACCAUUGGUACAUCUAUGUGUUCCCCUUGUUAUUCUUGUGCUUCAACAACUCUGGAGAGUUAAUGACAUCACAGUCAUUCCAGUUGUGGAUGAAAAUUGAUCUUGGGCUGGAUUCAUCGUACUACAACCUGUAUCCGUCAGUCAUCAGUGCCCUAAGCAUCAUCUUUGCCCUCAUAGUUGCUAAGCUCAACGACUGGGGCCAAUUGCACGCUUUGUUUCUUAGUACAAUGUUCCUGUGUACGAUAAUCAGUGGUGUAAUCUUGAGCGUAUGGCAAGUGCCUUUGAAGUUACACUGGAUGGCCUAUUACCUCUUUGGAAUAACACAUAGUAUUGGACAGCCUGUUAUAUUUUCGUGGAUUAACGGUAUACUAUCACAUGACGACUUACAACGUAACUUUGUCAUCGUUGUGACCAAUACGUCGGCCUAUUUCACCAGCGUUUGGGUGCCAAUGCUAACCUUCAACCAAAGAGAUGCACCGAAUUUCCACGUUGGAUUCAUCUAUACAACAUUCCUUGGUGUCUGUGGGUUGUUUCUGGUUGCACUCGUCCUUUUCAAGAUCAAUCGGAGUCUAAAAACUUAUCAUCGUUCUUGA